GUAACCCAUGGCGUAACCGGAAGCGCUUCGCCCAGUGUAUCCCGCGGAAGUGCAGGGUGCCACGCGUCUUGGAGAGCUUGUUGUAGCGGCGACUCGGCUCGGGUGAGCCGGUGAAGUGCUUUUUUUUUCUCCAAGGGCGGGAGUGUGUGGGCACGCCGCACGGUGCGGGAGACGAAGAUGCUAGCCGGGUAGCGGGCACCGCCGGAAUGCCGUCGCCAAACGCGGAUGACGGCGCCUCGGGCAGGGGUACGGUUCGAUGGCGAAGGCCGUCGGCCCUGCUGCUGGCGUGGAUUACGUUCCUUCUCCAGAAUCGACGAGCGGCCACCCUUGAACCGGUGCGGCUGCAGCCCCUGCACUUCCUGCGCUCGGUGGCGGCCGGGGACAACGUGCAAACCAUGUGCGCCGUGCAGAGCGGCGACGAGGUGGACUUCUCGUGGCGCAAGGACGGCCAGCCCCUGUCGGCCAGCGGCCACCGGCUGGUCAUCCACUCGCUGCCCACCACCUCCAUCCUGCUCAUCAAGAACGCCACCGUGUUCGACGCCGGUAACUACAGCUGCGUCGGCCGCAACGCGCUCGGCCAGGACAGCGUCACCGCGCAGCUCAGGGUCGAAGACGCUGUGGAGGAGCCGCCGGGUCCCAGGUGGCAGGGCGCCGGCGAGACGAGCAUCGAGCUGAGCAGCGUGUCCAGACAGGACGUGGGCACGUACCGUUGCCGAGCCGACAAUGGACUCGGCCAGAUUUCGGCCGACAUCCAGCUCGUGGUACGGGUCGUCGUGCAUGAAGCUUGCGCGAAUACAACCACUAACAAUGUGAACGUGCUCAAGGCUGCACAGGGUUGA